GUUGUCAUGUGACCUGACACUGGACUCCGUUUCCUUUUUCGCAGUGUCACGUCGAACCUUUAUAAUAAAUUAAUAAACCAAUACUUAAUGCCUCCUUAAAACGGUUGACUUCAUGAUUUUUAAUUCGCGUUGCUGUCACUUCUCAGAACAUUUUAUUCUUUUAUCCGCUUUAAUAGAACUCUUAAUGUAGACCGCGAGCCCGGCAGGCCUCUCCGUUCACCCCCCGAUCGUCGGUCCUCACGCCACGUUUGGGUGCGUCCGGCUCGGCUAGCAUGACCCCGCUACCCUGCUGCUAGCCUCGGCUGCUCGCUGGACAGCUGGUUUUCUCGGAUGUCAGGAUGAACGGCAUUCAGCAGAAUGACACCAAGCGGCAGCACCUCCUGGACAGGCUGCUAGACGCCGUCAAACAGUGCCAAAUCCGCUUUGGAGGAAGAAAGGAGAUUGCCACAGACUCAGACAGCAGGGUGAUCUGUUUGUGUGCUCAGUUUGAAGCCGUGCUGCAGCAUGGACUGAGGAGGAGUCGAGGUCUGGCUCUGACCGCCGCCGCUCUCAAGCAAGCUGCAGGUUUCAGUACCAAGGCCGAAGCAGAGUUGACCUUCUGGUUCUACGUGAAGGAGCACCUGAAUCGCCAUGAGCUCCAGCGGUUUUAUGCCUUACGCCACAUCUCGUCUGAGCUGGGUCGGGGUCGUGCUUGGCUGCGCUGCACCCUCAAUGAACACUCGCUGGAACGUUACCUGCACGCACUGCUGGCUGACCACCCUCGACUAAGCACUUACUACGAAGACUGGGCUUUUAUUCUUGAUGAAGAAAGAGCCAGCAUGCUCCCCACCAUGGCUGCAGGUCUGAACUCCAUCCUGUUUGCCAUUAACAUCGACAACAUCGACCUGAACGGGGGGAUGAUGCGAGCAGGAAGCUCAUCUGUGUCGCACCUCCUCAAGGAGUCCACGCAGGGUAUCGGGACCUUGUUGAAGGAGUCGACUCAGGGAGUCAGCAGCCUGCUGCGAGAGAUCAGCACCGCCACGGCCGUGGUGCCGGGCUUCACUCCCAAAGUAGAUGGAGCGUCUGACCCCCUGCCUGUGCUGCCGCGCAGCACCUCUGCCGACUCAGGACUGAGGAAAGAACGGCGUAAGAAAAAGAAGAUCACCAACAUAAUCUCUUUUGACGAUGACCUUGAAGGCGGGGCAGAGGACGAGGAGGAGGGGGAGGAUGACUCUCAGAAGAUGGGCACAAUGAGGAAGAGUCAUACGGCUCCUCCUCAGACCAGCGUGGAAGAAGGUCUUGACCCUUUAGAGCCGGUUUUCUCAGAGUCGCCGGUCCAGAACGGCACGGCUGAGUCCAGCAUUGUCAGCUGGGUGGGGUCCCCCCACCCUUGCCGCAUGCCGCCAGCCGCAGCUAUAACUGGCCUGCCUGACAGUAAGAGCAUAGACAACGAGGAUGAGGACGAUGAGGAAGAGCUGUAUAAACCCAGAGCACAAACUCAGGAAGAGGAGAGGACCAGCUCCGAUCAGAUGGUGGUGGGCAGCCUGUCCAGUGUGUCCACGUGGAGCCCCCUACAGGUGAUGACUGAAAACAGCAGCUCCAACAUCCUCAUCCCCCUGAACCCCGCAGACCCUCAGUCAGCGAGCUCUGUGGAGGACACGGUCACAUUUCCUCCUCAGUGUGACACAACAGAAGCUGUGGGAAACUGUGCAAGCAGCCCGUCGCGCCUGACAUUCAAUGUAGAGUCCAGUCCAACGGCCCAGUCUGCUCCUACGUCUGGUGUGCUGCCUCCAGCCGGUCUGCCGGAGUCCAUGUCUGAGGUGGAGCUCCGGCAGGCCAUCGUCGCCAUGAUGAACAGAAAAGAUGAGCUGGAGGAGCAGAACUCGUCUCUUCGCAGUCUGUUGGACGGGGAGAUGGAACACUCGGCUGGUUUAAGGCAAGAAAGCGAACUGCUGAAAAAGAAGCUGGCAGAGCUGGAGGAGAGACACACGGUGAAGGUUCAGGCUCUGGCCAGGGAGAAUGAGGUCCUGAAGGUCCAGCUGAAGAAGUACGUGGGAGCUGUGCAGAUGCUGAAGAGAGAAGGAAACCAAAGCAGUGACGCUUUGUCAGUGCUGCGGUCGAGUGAAGACCAGACUCCCGUCCCUCAGAAUAAGUUCAUGGGAGACACCGAGGAGCUGGCAGCCAGUUACGAACGCAAACUCAUAGAGGUUGCAGAGAUGCACGGUGAGCUGAUCGAGUUUAAUGAGCGCCUGUACCGCUCGCUCAUGGCCAAAGACCACCUCAUCGUCCAGAUGAGACAAGAACUCAUUGACCUGAGAGGACCGCUUCCAGGAGAUUUAGUCAAACGUCAGAACGACCCGAGUCUCUCAGACUUUGAGACGGCUCAUCGCGCUCUCAUCAAUGUGUGGAUCCCCUCUGUGUUCCUGCAGGGCAGAGCCGCCAACGCCUACCACGUCUACCAGGUGUACAUCCGCAUCCUGGACAAUGAGUGGAAUGUGUACAGGCGUUACACAGAGUUUAGAGCAUUGCACAACCAUCUGAGAAGCCAGUUCCCACAGGUGGACACCUUCAACUUCCCACCCAAGAAAGCCAUUGGGAACAAGGAUGCCAAGUUUGUGGAGGAGAGGAGGAAGCAGCUGCAGGGUUACCUCCGCAUGGUGAUGAACAAAGUGAUCCAGACGCUGCCAGAGUUCAGCACUCGGCCCACCAAAGAGACGCUGCUGUCCUUGCUGCCUUUCUGUCUUGACGCACCACAGACCAGUGGGGGAGGAGCCAAGACGCCCCGGUCCAGAACAUCAUCGCGCUUCACCAGACUGGGUCACAGCUGCACACAGGAAAUCCGAGCUGAGCCCCAGAGUGGUGACCUUUAACCUUUGAGCUUGUCUCAGAUCGGCUGCGGAAGAUGAUGUCGCUCUGGACUGAGACGCCCAGCAGAGGUGAGACUUAUCUGACAGAAUGUGAGGACAGAACGGGCACCUGGAGGACUCCCAAAGCCUCACACGCUAACGCGUCUGCUGAGGACACUGCAGGUGUUUGUUUGUUUGUUUGGCGGACGCUACCAGAUGAGUGGAGGAUAAACAUACUCCCCUGAGGCUGCCUGUCGCCGGACACAAUCACACUGUUCCGUCACUGAGACACAGAAGCAGACUGGUUUUCCGUGUAUCGCGGCGCCUGCAGGGACAAGGAGCUGCUCUCCUGGCGUGGAGGCGGGAUGGAGGAGGUGACGAGGGGGCAGGUUAAAGUAUUGGAGUGUGUGCUAUUUUUCAGCAGCGUUAUUGUGCCAUUAUGUUUUCCAGGACCAGGAUCCGCGCACAGGCGUUCCUCUUUCCUGACUUCUCUGAUGAUGAUGAUGACACAUUUCUCUGUUAGCCAAUCAGCACUUAACAAACGGCGCUGUUCGGUGUCUGCUCUGA